UCGUCUCCGUGAUGGACUGGGCGGAGGGUCAUUUGGAGUCAAAACUACACCAUAAGGGUGUGAAUGAGGAUGUGCAUCUCGACUUGGACAACCUCGCAGUUGGCGGCCACUCUGCCGGCGCGCACGUGUUGGUCGAGUACCUGAAGGCCGGCUGCGGCAAGUUCAAGGCGCAGGUGCUGAUGAGCCCUGUGGACGGCGUCGACGCGGUGGGCCUCAUCCCCAUCUUCUGCAUCACGCCGGGCCAGACCCUCAACUACGCCAUCCCGACCCUCCACCUCGCUGCUGCUUGGAUAAUGUGGGAGUUCAGCUCUUUUCAGUUGAUAUGGGAUGACGAUAAGAGAAUCCAGUCCUCUCUAGCAGCGCACACCGCCCUCACCCCCGCCAGGCGACCACCCACUCAACCCCACCUGCCCCUCCCAGGCUUCACCGACUACUCCUGCGCACCGGACUUCCUGAGCAACAAGAGAUUCUACGACGCCCAGACCCGGAGUCUCCUCGCUGGUCCAAUCAACGCCACCGCCUUCGGCCACGGGGACCUGCUCGACCCCUAUUUCCAAGGGUCACUCGAGAUGCUCGAAUUCUGCGCCUACAACCACGACGCGACGGAGGAGGACUUCGAGGCCUACAGGAGAUUCGUGGCGGGGCAGAUUGUGUCCUUCUUCAAGGCCUUGUACGGAGGAAGCGACGAGUGCGUGCUCACCUGGCCUACCUGGAAGACCCCGCCCUCAUGCUCGUCGAGGCCACGGAGGUCCACGCAAACCCAGCCGCCGCAUGCCCCGCCCCCUCGUGCACCUGGGAAUACAUAA